AUGGCCCCAAAACCAGCCUUUGCUCUACGAUCAGGUCUAAACCUGGAUUACGCGCCCAGUCGAGGAGACAACGGGGCCCCUAUUGCCGACGCUAUCCCCAACUAUGGCGUCACGGACGGGUCUAAGAUUGAUGUUGAAGUUGUCGAGAGCGACAUGCGUAACUCUCUCGUCCGCAACAACUUUGAGAAGUCGUCAAUGGAUAGCAAGAUUGCGAUGGGCUACUCUGGACUGGGCAUCGCUAUGAGUGCUGGGACAAACUCAGAAGCACAGAACAGCCAGUCAUCCGAGCGAAACAAGUCUACAAAGAGAAUGUUUGGUAAAUACAUGGUAAUUAUCCCACUGAAAUCUGCUGUCCUUUCAGGAUGCUCAUGA